AUGAUCGUUGUUUGGGAGGAAGAAUAUGCGCAUGGCCCGCUACACUUUGCCCAGACGUUUACUGCCCCGGCACGUUUGAUGGUGGAUUCGACGCAAAGUACUUCUGUGGUGUCACUAGCGCCAACCGCAACACAUGCCAUCGAGACUGGAUGA